AGUCUGAGAAUCAGAGAAUCAGCUGCUUCAAGUUUAAAACCCAAAAGGAUUUAAUAACUAACGGGAGCCGGCUCUUCAUAGCGGACUGUUCCCUCCUGUGUGAACAGGCUCUUUGUAGCAGACUGUUCCCUCCUGUGUGAACAGGCUCUUCCCUCCUGUGUGAACAGGCUCUUCCCUCCUGUGUGAACAGGCUCUUCCCUCCUGUGUGAACAGGCUCUUUGUAGCAGACUGUUCCCUCCUGUGUGAACAGCUGCUUCUAUACAGCCAAUGAUUCUAUCUUCGGCCUUUAAAGAAUCUUCAACAUAAUAUGGCAUAUAUAUUAUAUGCCAUAUUACCAUCUACUCAUAGCAUAACAUUAUAUUACUAAUAUCACAAGCAUUUCGUACAGCCUAAAGUCACAAAUCUGCACACAUACGUCAUCCUCUGAGGAAGGGAAGAAGACGCAGAUCUGCAAUGGAUGUCAAGUGUACAGCAUUGAAUGACGUAAAAGAAACGUACAAUACGUUCAAUUCAUACAAAAGGAAUGAUCCUAGUGUGUGUACUACAUCACACAUACUAUGAUGAUGGAGCGCUUUCACUCCCUCAAACAUGACUGCUGGAAUACGUUUAUUUGCUGGAUCCCCGUUGGCCGCUGACGCGUAGGACCUGUUCUGUGUGUUCAUCCUCCAGACUGAGAUGACCGAUGCAGAUUAUAUUGCAGCUUUUCAACAACUCUUACUCCCUGUAGCUUACGAGUUUCAUCCUCAGCUGGUUCUGGUCUCUGCUGGAUUUGAUGCUGCAGUUGGAGAUCAGAAGGGAGAGAUGUGUGUCUCUCCUCAGUGUUUUCAUAUCCUCACUCACAUGCUGAUGAGUUUGGCUGAAGGUCGACUUAUUUUAGUUCUGGAGGGAGGUUAUAACCUUCAGUCCACGGCGGCGAGCGCUGCAGCCUGUGUCAGAGCUCUGCUGGGAGGAGCCUGUCCUCCUCUGACUCCGCCCACCGCUCCCUCUGACAGCGCUCUGCGGUCCAUCUCUCAGACGGCCUCCGCUCUGUAUCCUCACUGGGCUUCUCUGCAGACGCUGGGAGGCGGCCCACUGGCUGAGGGGCGUGUCAUGAGGGCGACAACCAAUCAGCACAUCACAAAACAGAUGGACCCGGCUCCCUUUGUUGCCACGGUGACGGGUCUUGUUUACGACGAGCGGAUGAUGGAGCACCAGAACAUGUGGGACAGAAAUCAUCCUGAACAGCCUCAGAGAAUCUUCAAAAUCUUCUCCAAACAUCAGCAGCUGGGAUUGGUUGAUCGAUGCCAACGGAUAGAAGCUCGCCUAGCAACAGAGGAGGAGCUGUCCAGGUGUCACAGUGUACAGCACAUCCAGCAGAUGAAGGCCACUGCAGGGAUGAAGCCCAGAGAUCUGCACAAACUGGGUCAAGAGUUCAACUCCAUCUUCAUCAACACGCAGAGCUUCCAGUCGGCUCUGCUGGCAGCUGGAGGGUGUUUCAGUGCUGUGGAGAGAGUCCUCUCAGGACAGGUGAGUAAUGCCGUGGUCUACCGUUCGCCCUCUUGGUCAUCACCCAUAGAAAGACUCUCCAAU